AAAAAAAAAGAAAAAAAAAAAGAGAACCCCGAAAACACACCUUCAGAUCUCACCCCGUCUCUCUCUCUCGGCGUGCCUCUCGCCGGAAAACUCCUCGUUACUCGCGCCCUCGGCCGCUGUUCGGCGGCGCCACCUCCCUCUCGAUCCCUUCCGGCGAGGAAAUGGAGACCAUAUGGAAGCAGGCCUCGAAGCUACGGGACCAAGUCGCGCGGCAACAGCAGGCUGUUCUCAAGCAAUUUGGAGGCAGUGGAGGCUCUGAUGGUGUGCUUACAGAUGAAGCAGAAAUUAAGCAACACCGAAAAUUAGAAAGGCUUUACAUUUCCACUCGUGCUGCCAAGCAUUUUCAAAGAGACAUAGUUCGUGGAGUGGAAGGAUAUACAGUUACCGGAUCCAAACAGGUUGAAAUAGGUAAUAAAUUAUCUGAGGACGGUCGGAAAUAUGGUGCUGAAAACACCUGCACCAGCAGCGACACAUUAUCAAAAGCUGCUUUUUAUUUUGCAAGAGCUCGUUGUCGAAUUGAAAAGGAACGCGGAAAUCUACUGAAAGCCCUUAAUACUCAGGUUGCAGAACCAUUAAGAGCUAUGGUAGUGGGGGCUCCUUUGGAGGACGCUCGACACCUUGCACAGAGAUAUGACCGAGUGCGGCAAGACGCUGAAUCUCAGGCUAUGGAGGUGUCAAGGCGCCAAGUGAAAGUAAGAGAAGCGCCUGGAAAUGGUGAUCUUAUUGUGAAGUUAGAAGCUGCUGAGUACAAGUUGGAAGAAUUGAAGUCUACCAUGACGGUUGUUGGUAAGGAAGCUGUUGCGGCGAUGACAGCUGUAGAAGCCCAACAGCAAAGGCUGACUUUACAGCGUCUCAUUGCGAUGGUUGAAUCUGAGCGAACUUACCACCAGAGGAUCCUGCAAAUCCUCGAUCAACUUGAAAGAGAGAUGGCGCCAGAGCAUCAAAGAGUUGAAGGAUCCCCUCAUCCAGUCAUGGAGAACUCUACAGCGUCACCUCCCUCAUAUGAAGAGGCCAAUGGCAUGUCUACGUACCAAACAGUUAAUGAUUCAACUGAAAAUGCGGUGUACUUCCUAGCUGAGGCUAUACAAUCAUUUCAAGCUGAAAGUUUCGUGGAGCUUAACUUGUCCAUUGGUGACUAUGUUGUUGUACGGAAGGUUUCGAAUAAUGGUUGGGCGGAAGGUGAAUCCAGAGGGAAAGCAGGUUGGUUCCCUUAUGGAUACAUUGAAAAGCGAGAGCGCGUGCUUGCUAGUAAAGUUGCUCCUGUUUUCUAGAAUGAUAUCUACUAGCUUGUGCGAUGCAAAUUAUUGUCUUUGUAGUCAGCUGGUUGUAUUCAGAGGUUCAUUCCAGAGAACAUACAAAUUAUAUUUUGUGAUCAAUUCUUUUGUCUAUAUAUACUGUUCUAUUGUGAAGUGGCGCUGUCUCUGUUUUCUGCAAUCACUCCUUAACUGGCUAAUGGAACGAAUUUACUUAUGUUCUUUA